CCUCUUCAAUCCUUCUCUUCACACGGUCACACACGAACCGCGUAGCAACACAUAUCCACGCCAUCGUCUGCCGGCCUGCGCAACCCACCGCACCACCCUUCCACCGUCGACCACCGUCGUUAUCUCAACUCUCUGAUUUCUGCUCCCUCUCUUAGCAUUUCAAAAAUGGUGACGGGAUUAAUCAACGCAAACCCUAUCAUAUACGAAAAGAAGCAGCGUCAACAACGUUCUACUCAAUCCCUUCAAGGUGAUGAAUACACUGUUGAACCAAUUGAUCACCUAGAGGUUUUUGAUCAUAUAAGAGAUAUCAAGGAUCCUGAGCAUCCAUACUCUUUGGAAGAACUCAAGGUGAUAACGGAGGAAGCUGUUGAAGUCAAUGAUCAGAAUAGUUAUGUCAGGGUAACAUUUACUCCAACAGUGGAACAUUGUAGUAUGGCAACGAUUAUAGGUCUUUGCUUAAGGGUCAAGCUCUUGAGAAGCUUGCCUUCGCGGUACAAGGUGGACAUCAGAGUAGCACCUGGAUCUCAUGCAACUGAAGCUGCAGUUAACAAACAACUGAAUGAUAAAGAGCGUGUAGCAGCUGCACUUGAAAACCCAAACCUUGUGGAUAUGGUUGAUGAAUGCCUUGCGCCAUCUUAUGAAUGAUGGAGGUUUCUUUCUUCCCAAUUCCCAAUUCUACGAGUAUGUAGAUGCUUUUGAACCUGUGCUAGUAGUUGCUCAACUUUAUUUGUAUGAUAUUUUUGUUUUAGAUUGCAGAGGACAUAUUUGUCAUGCAAUCUGUGCGUACUACAUUAAUUGUAGUUUAAUAGGAUUAUAGGAGUACACAGUUGAAGGUUUUGAUAGCUGGGUGAGGUAUCAUGGUCUUUGAUUGUUUGCUUUAGGGAAGAAAAGGAAAAUUCUUUUUAAAAGUUGUCAGCUUAUGUUUCAUGGUUAUAGAUUAUAGAUCUGUUGAGUUUAUACUCAAUUUCUGUCUACAUUCUUAUAAUUGCUCUGUAUUUUCUCACGAUUAUUGAUUGAAGUUUAUUUAAAAUUAAAGUA